AUGAACAUAAUGCUCACCAACGUGCUCAACACGGCCGCUAGGGGUCUGUUUUACUAUCUCUUUGGGUUCACCUUUGUCUUUGGUUCUCCUUCCAACGGCUUCAUCGGCCAUCACUUCUUGGGCAUGAAGGCGUUCCCGUCAGAGCUGUUCCAUUACAGUAACUUCCUGUAUCAAUGGGCUUUUUCCAUUGCUGUUGUAGGGAUCACCAGUGACUCUAUAGCGGAUAGAAACCUAGUUUGUCAUUUACCUCAUUUACUUUGCCGGACUGCAGUGACCACGACCUUGGCCGGUUGCAUGGCUGCACUGACCACUCUGUUCGGGAAAAGGUUGAUUUCAAAACACUGGAACAUUACCGAUGUGUGCAAUGGAUUGCUUGGUGAGUUUGUGGCAAUCACCUCUGGUUGCUCAGUGGUGGAGCCAUGGGCUGCUAUCGUCUGCGGUUUCAUUGCCUCUUGGGUCUUGAUUGGAUGCAACAAGCUUGCUAAGAAGUUCAAAUAUGAUGACCCACUGGAGGCUGCGCAAUUGCAUGGUGGUUGUGAAUGUUGGGGUCUUAUAUUCACGGGCUUGUUUGUAAGGGGCAUAUAUGUGCAGGAGGUAUACCAGGCCACAGGGAGGCCAUAUGGGCUGUUCAUGGGAGGAGGUGGAAAGCUCUUAGCUGCUCAAAUUAUCCAGAUUUUGACGAUUGGUGGGUGGGUGAGUGCCACCAUGGGUCCUCUUGCCACCAUGGGUCCUCUGUUUUAUGUGUUAAAUAAGAUGAAUUUGUUGAGGAUAUCAGCUGAGGAUGAGAUGGCAGGAAUGGAUAUGACCCGACACGGUGGCUUUGCAUAUGUAUACCAUGAUGAAGAUGAACAGUCGCUGAAGCAGGGAGGUUUAAUGAUGAGAAUAAUAGAACCAGCUAAUGGCACUCCCACUUCUAAUUGA